CAGAGGAGUUUGUUUUCUGGGGCUUGUGUGAUCGGUCCCUUGGGGCAGGUUGGCACUUUGCUUGUCCUACCACGGAGUUAGCCCACAACAUGAGACAUGGUAAGUGGACCAUUGAUGUGUCUUCAAACUUGUGUUUUGUUCCCAAUUGCAGAAUGCCGUAUAUGUAGUAGCACUUUUCAAAGAAGGAAGAAAGGUGGGAGUCAUUUCCAGGGUAAUUUUGACAAGAGGAACUGUCAUUAUGAACAUGGUGGGUAUGAACUUCUGCCUUCACGCUGCCGGGAGAAUGAUGGAAGCAUGGAGAUGAGGGAUGUCCACAAGGACCGCCAACUAAGACACACUCCUUAUAGAAUCCAAUGCAACAGGAAGCUAGUGAAAUGACAUAGUGAAGAUCAAAUCCAUAUUACCAUUUGGAGAAAUAGAAAACCUCCAGAGAGAAAAAUGAGGCGGAACACACAAGAUGAAAACAUGAGGAAAUGGUUCAAGGUCACAAUUCCUUAUGGGAUAAAGUAUGACAAGGCAUGGCUAAUGAAUUCAAUCCAGAGCAAUUGCAGUGUCCCCUUCACUCCGGUUGAUUUCCACUACAUCCGAAAUCGGGCAUGCUUCUUUGUCCAGGUUGCUAGUGCUGCCUCCGCAUUGAAGGAUGUCAGUUAUAAGAUUUAUGAUGAUGAGAACCAAAAGAUAUGUAUAUUUGUCAAUCAUUUUACUGCGCCCUACUCUGUGAAGAAUAAGUUGAAGCCAGGCCAAAUGGAGAUGCUAAAGCUGACCAUGAACAAACGGUACAAUGUCUCCCAGCAAGCUCUUGAUCUCCAGAAUCUCCGCUUUGACCCAGACUUGAUGGGCCGUGACAUUGAUAUAAUCCUGAAUCGAAGAAACUGCAUGGCUGCCACCCUGAAGAUCAUUGAAAGAAAUUUCCCUGAGCUGUUGUCUUUGAACUUGUGCAACAACAAACUGUACCAGCUGGAUGGCCUUUCUGACAUUACAGAGAAGGCUCCCAAAGUCAAGACCCUGAAUCUCUCCAAAAAUAAGCUGGAGUCGGCGUGGGAGUUGGGCAAGGUGAAAGGGCUGAAGCUCGAAGAGCUAUGGCUAGAAGGGAACCCGUUGUGCAGCACCUUCUUGGACCAGUCCGCCUAUGUAAGUGCCAUCCGGGAUUGUUUCCCCAAGUUGUUACGCCUGGACGGCCGAGAGUUAUCUGCACCAGUGAUUGUUGACAUUGACAGCUCUGAGACAAUGAAACCCUGCAAGGAAAACUUUACUGGAUCUGAGACCCUAAAGCAUUUAGUCCUGCAAUUCCUGCAGCAGUAUUACUCGAUCUAUGACUCUGGAGAUCGACAGGGUCUCCUCAGUGCUUACCACGAUGAGGCCUGCUUCUCCUUGGCUAUUCCCUUCGACCCCAAGGACUCAGCCCCGAGCAACUUGUGCAAGUACUUCAAGGAUAGCAGGAAUAUAAAAAUUCUCAAAGACCCCUACCUGCAGAGGAAGCUGCUAAAGCACACAAAAUGUCCACGAAAUGUGGACUCCCUCAGUGCAUUGCCUGAAACUCAGCAUGACUUCAGCUCCAUCCUGGUGGACAUGUGGUGCCAGACCGUGAACACCUGCUUCCUCCCUCGGGCAGGCCCAGAGAGCCAGAGUGGAAGGAUGGUCUCAGGGUUCUGA